UGUAGUUAGCUAUCUUCUCAACGAACAUGGUAGGGAACUUCGGUUUGGGAUGGCUAAAGAGCACACGAAACAAGUAAAAUAACUUUUAAGAGGACUAAAUUAGCCUUUCAGCCAGUUUAAAUAGUUACCCAAUCAAGGACAUUUUACGAGCUUUCCCCAAGAACACUUGGAAGAUUCUCAAUACGAAGUGGUCAGAGUCACUGAAGCGGCAGUGCAAAUCAGAACCUUACUUUGGUUCAGCACUGACCUACCUGCAAGUCUCGGGUCUUUCCAAAGAGCAUGUUGCCAAUGCUGUCUCUCUGCUCCAUUGUCUGGUUAAACCGGGGGAUCAAGCUAAAGAAAGUGCUUUAUUUCUCAAACACAGGCCAGGUCUGAGUUCCAACCAUUCACACCAACACUCAGAGUUCAGUCAUGCUUCUUAGUUUUAGGUGAACAUUCCUGAAUAGUGUUGGCAUCACAAUAAACAUCCUCAAUACUCUGGCACUUCACUGCCCUGGUCAGUGUGUAUCAUAGUUGGACAUCUUUGCACAUGGCUGUAGAGGGCUUCCAAUUCAUAGCGCUUUAUGUCUAUAACAAAGACUGGGAGGAGGACCUUGACCUCAGGCCAGGGGACAUACUGACCGUCAGCAAGACGUCACUGACAUCCCUUGGGCUCAAAGAUGGGGACAAGGAGCACCCGGAGCGCCUGGGAUGGAUGGUGGGAGUCAACGAGCGCACCAAGCAGAGGGGAGACUUCCCUGGGACGUAUGUCCAGUAUGUGGGGCCUGUGAAGAUGUAUGUGGUGCCCAACCAGCCUCGGCAGCAGAGACCCGUCCCAGCAGCCCCCAGGCCUCAGCCUCCCCCAGCACAGCAAGGGACUUCAGCUCAUGAGUUUGUCCAGCCAUUUCCACCCCCAGAAAAUGUCCCCCCCACUUUGGUGAAGUUGGUAGAGGCCAUUGAGAAAAAAGGUUUGGAGUGUGAGACGCUGUAUAGGACGUCUGGCUUCUUGGCUGUUGGCGGUCAUAGACAGAGCCUGAAUUUCAAGCUCUCUGAGCCUGAGGUGGGCCAGUAUGACAUCCAGGCGCUCUCAGAGGCCCUGAUGGGAUUCCUGCAGGACCUGCCCUCCCCCAUCAUCCCAGAGUCUGUCUAUCCCAGCCUAAAGACUGCCCUGCAAGAGGAAGCAGAGCUGUCUGUCGAGGAGACAGGCAGGCGUUUGCUGAAGGCACUGGCGCCCCCGGCCAUGCCCCUGCCGAGCCUACUCACCCUGCAGUACCUGCUCAGACACCUGGACCGAGUGGGCCAGAGCUCGGCCCACAAUGGCCUGGACCCACACACACUCGCACUCCUCUUCAGCCCUCUGCUGCUCACCGCUGGGUCAGAAGAAGAUCGUCAGGUUUCUGCCCAGGUGCUGGAGAGACUGCUGGUGGCGAGGGCCUGGGAGCUGGAAGAAAUGCCACCAGCCCUACCUCCCAAGCCUUCCAAAACCAAAGCCAUGGCAUCCUCUGUGAUCAAUGGAGAAGGCAGCAAGAUGGCUGAUGCAGAGUGGUACUGGGGAGACAUUUCCAGAGAGGAGGUGAAUGAGAAGAUGAGAGACACUCCGGAUGGGACUUUCUUGGUCCGAGACGCCUCAAGCAAGGUGCAAGGAGAAUACACAUUGACUCUCAGGAAAGGGGGAAACAACAAGCUGAUCAAGAUCUUCCACCGAGGCGGCAAGUACGGCUUCUCUGAGCCGCUGACCUUUUCCUCUGUGGCGGAGCUCAUCCUGCAUUAUCACCAGGAGUCGCUGGCCCAGUACAACCCCAAGCUGGACUCACGGCUACUGUACCCUGUCUCCAAAUAUCAGCAGGACCAGGUGGUGAAAGAAGACAACGUCGAAGCAGUAGGAGAGCAACUGAAGGUGUACCAUGAACAGUACCAGGAGAAGAGCCGGGAAUAUGACGUCUUGUAUGAAGACUACACUCGCACCUCUCAGGAGUUACAGAUGAAGCACACGGCCAUCGAGGCCUUCACCGAGACCAUCAAGAUCUUUGAGGAGCAGUGCGAGACCCAAGAGCGCUACAGCAAGGAGUACAUUGACAAGUUCCACAGGGAUGGCAACAGCCAAGAGAUUGAGAGAAUCCAAAGUAAUUCGGAUAAGCUGAAGUCUCGUGUGACUGAGAUCCAUGACAGCAAGCGGAAGCUGGAGCAGGACCUGAAGGAGCAGGCGGCGGACAACCGAGAGAUUGACAAGAAGAUGAACAGUCUGAAACCAGACCUCAUGCAGCUGAGGAAGAUCAGAGACCAGUACCUGAUGUGGCUCAAUCAGAAGGGCACCAGACAGAAGAAGAUUAACGAGUGGCUGGGGAUCAAGAACGACGUGGAAGACCUGUAUUCUCUGAUGGAUGAGAUGGAUGACCUGCCGCACCACGACGAGCGCACCUGGUAUGUGGGCGACAUCAAGCGCGGCCAGGCCGAGGAGCUGCUGAGGGGCAAGGGUGACGGCACCUUCCUGAUCCGAGACAGCCAGUCCCAGAAGGGCUCCUACGCCUGCUCUGUAGUUGUGGACGGGGACAUCAAGCACUGUGUGAUAUUCAAGACCUCAACGGGCUACGGGUUCGCCGAGCCCUACAACCUGUACGCUUCCCUUAGAGAGCUGGUGCUCCACUACAGACACACCUCCCUGGUCCAGCACAACGACUCGCUGAAUGUAACUCUGGCAUGUCCUGUCCUAACCCAGCAGCAACCCAGAUGAGACGCAACGUCACCCAGACACAGCCCGGCACAGGGCGAAAACACACAGAACUCAGAGACCACAAACCCUCACUUUUCCCAACAAAAAAGCAAAUGGCUUUCUGAGCGUUGGGUUUGACAGGAGUGGAAGUGGCAGAUAUAAUGACUGACUGGGUUUUGACUUUGAAGAGACCCUGUAAAUGUUAUUAGGAUAAAAAUAAUUAGACUAUCUUAAAGUAACUGCUGUAGAUUCCAUUUUCCCUUUCAAUGGAGGGAAUUAUUUUUAAAUCGACUUGUUAAGGGUGCCAUUCUUUUUUUCUACAGUUAAAGAGGCGUAAGGGUUUGACAUGGAGAACAAAAAUACCAAACAGCCUUUUUCGGUUUUCAUCAAGUGUUGCUCACAUUGUCCAUGGCUGGAUGAUUGGGAGAUGUGGUAAAAGGCUUAACUGGCAGUGUUUUAUUGCUUUACUUCAAGUUCAUAUUAAUACACAUUUUCUCCCACAGCACUAUGGGACACAUACAAAGAAAGCAUUCUGCUUUCUGUGUAAUCUUUGCUAUGUGCCCUAUUACAUAAAGCAGAACAUGUCUAGAGGACAAAAUACAGUACCAAUGUGUUAAACAAAAAGAUGCAUUUGUAUUUUUCUGCAAGCUUUUUUUUGUUGUUGACCUAUGUAAAACUGGGUUUAAAAUAGUUUGAGGUUGAUGAUAUUAGAGGCUGGUGUAGCUUGAGGACCCUAAUUGCUGUGACAGACAGUGGCAUGUAAUGUGAGCUGGAGUUGCAGUCCUUGAUGGUGGAACACUUGGUAGUGAAAGUGCCUUCUGUUCUAAUCCUCUGUCUUCCAUUCUCUCUCUGUAGAUCAGAGUCAGUGUGGAUGCCUUGCCCCAAUCAGAUGCCAAGUGUUUGUGUAUGAAACUAGAAAUCUGAAAUGGACCUUGCUAUUGAUUGCCUUAGAGCAAUCACUCACUAACUGUAAGUCGCUCUGGAUAAGAGCGUCUGCUAAAUGACUAAAAUGUAAAAUGGGCAACUCCCUCAGACUUUUACCUGGGACUACUGCCACUGACUGCUCAGAGUGCACACAUCUGGUUCCCCAGGUCUCAAUCAGUUGCUGACUUAAAGGAACGAAUGAAAGCCAGCAGACAUUCUUGAGGACCGAAGUUCCCCACCCCUGCAUUACAGUGGCGGCGUUGGAAUUGUCCAUGGUGAAAAUGGAUUUCCGUUCACAUUUUGUAGUUGAGUGGAUAGAUGGUAGAUCUUAUGGGGGUUGGGUACCUGAUUUAAGAAACAUUGUCUUUUCACUACAUUUUGACAUUGGGUUAUGUAUGCAGUAUUUGUCAGUCUCUCAUUAAGGUAACGGUAGCCUAAUUCCACGAUUUUAAACCGCGUUUUACUUAAUCGGACCUUACCUGCCACACUUUAUGAAUGCACUUCUUUCCCAGGACACUCGCUUCACGUGUUGUACUGUAAUGCUAACAUAUGCACAAGAUAUUAUAGGUAGACUUGAAACAAACUACUUUGACAAACUGAUUAGUACUAUGCAGCGAGUUAGUAGAUAUACAACUUGACGAUGCCUCAUCAAAAUAGAUUUUGAUUUCUUGACGAAUCAUUGAAUGAGUGAUAACCCUUACGUUUGUCAUGUAUUAAUCAGACAUUGGUUCAUUGGUGCAUAUGACAGUGCAUUGGCGCAUUUUAUUGCUCACUUUUAGGAGUGAUUAGAUUGCCAAGCAUGUUGGGAUUGGCGUAAAUCAACCUUUUAUAGAUGAUAAUGUUGAUGUUAAUCUGGUAAACCCGUUUCUUAUGUUUAUCUGGUAGUUAGGAGAAAAGUGUCUCCUUGGAGAGAGAUGACACUAAUAGUCUGUGGACUGUUUACUGAACAUACCUUUCAGGCAGAGUCCUGCUCAGUUAGGUUGCCCUUCAGGUCAACGGAUCUUUGAAAACUGGGACAAUCUAGUUGAGUUUUCUUGGCAUGUGAGAGUAGUUUAAAAAAAGAGAGCAAAAAAUAAGUUUCUGGUUUUUUUUCAAAUUGCACAUGGUGGUUCUGCAUGCAGUGUAAGACUAUGUAUGCCAUUCACCGACAUGACCACAGCCAGGUGUAAGACUAGCUACAGAUUGUACGCCAGAUAAUGUGCUAUAACCAAAGAUUUUUGGUGUCCAUUACUGAGAAAAGACUCACACAAACCCCCGCCAUAGAUUUUUCAACGAACCUGUUCUUGGCGAUACUUUUUUUCACCGAAUCGAGAAUAAAGAAAGUAUCUGAGAAAUGUCAGUUUCCAGUUGCAUGUGGUUUACAAAAACCAACAAAAACUCCAAGAUAUUACAUCCAAGUUUUGUACGGCGUGAGGGGGUGCCUCGCAUUUAGCAUUUCCAAGCAUUAUUGACGGAACUAGUAGUUUCUAUGCGACGCGGCCACAUGUAGAAGUAGGUGACAAACAAAGAUCUAAGAACAUGCAAGAGGCAUAUCUCAGUUAAACAUUAAUAUCUUUCUGAAUUUUCAAUGGUUUUUGUAGAACCACCUGCAACUGGAAACAGACAUGUCUAAGAUACUUUAUUUAUUCUCGAUUCGGUGAAAGUAUAGCCAAGAACAGGUUAGUUGAAAAAUCUAUGGUGGCGGUUUGUAUGGGGCUUUCGUUUAACGCCCAGUAAUGGACACCAACAAUCUUUGGUUAUAUCACAUUGUCUGGUUAUUUCACAUUCUCUGGCAUUCAAUCUGUAGCUAGGUGUAGACAGUCUUUUCACAUUGUGCCAGGCUCAGGAAUUGUUACAUUGUUUCCCCUCGCCUUUUCUGUGGUUUUGGGUUUAUAUUGGAGAUUAUGACAAAAGCUAUGCUUGAUUUCUGUCUCACAAACCGUUAUGACGGUGCAACGUAAAACGACACUCUUCCUCAGCCUGUGAGAAAGCCUGUGAGUGGGGACAAAUUUGAGGCUUGAGUAGGGAUGUUGCUGUGCCAAUGUUAAAAUCUGCUACUGUAAAUGCACUACAAAGACAUGAAUCGGGAGCUCAUGUUUCAGGAGUUUUAUUACAAUUGGACUUGAACAGGCUCAUUCAUUUACAAUAACUGGCUAUGAUAGGUCAGAAACACUCCUCAUAGUGGACAUCUCAUUGUAAGACAAGGACAGUUUCAUUGAAGUGGCGCUUUUAAUGGUCUGUUUGAAAGUGGCUUUUAUGAAAUCUGUUUUGUUAUUUGUUCAUCAUAACCUGAACAGAUUUAAGUGAAUACUUUUUGUGAUAUUCUUUACAUUUAUAUUUCAUGGUUAUUUUAUUUGUAUCUCUAACAAAAUAGAUUGAAAAGACUGUUAGGCUGUUUACACAGGCAGACCAAUUAUAUUUUCUCCCACUAAUUGGUAUUUUGUCCAAUCAGAUCAGCUCUGAUGUGAAAACAUCUGAUGUGAUUGGUGAAAAAAAAUAUUAAUGGAAAAAAUAUCAGAAAUAGGCUGCCUGUGUAGACGCAGCCUUAGAAAACCUUUUUGAAGAGACUGAUAGAUUUUGUCAUCGAGAAUAAAACUGUCGUAGUGUUUGUUGUAUCUUGACUUUCAAUAGUUUAAGAGUGCUUGGUUUUUAGCUUUGUGAAACUGUACUCCCUUGAAAUAAUGGAAGUCCGUUAGAUACUGUCAUUUGAUACACGUAGUAUGUGUAUAAUACUUUAUACAACCUGGCUGGAGUUAAGUAAUUUGAAAUGUGGAAAACCCCCCAAAACAUUGCUAAUGAACAGCAAAAUGCACUUUUAAAUUGACAGUAAGCAACAUUAGUAAAAAUAAUCUGUACAAUUAUUGCAUUACCUAAUGAAAAUUCUGUCUGCACUCCAUAUGAUGUAUUUGUCGGACUGGUUGUUUUGUAUGGUACUAAAGAAAAAAUAAACCAUAAAGUUGUCAAAAUA